AUGCCCGGUUCGCGCGCAGAGCCGAGUCCCCACUACAUCGAGGUGGAGGGCCGCGAGGGGGCAGCGGGGGGCCCUUCGGAGGGCCCCCUGGGGCCCCCCGGGGGCCCCCCGGGGGCCGCCCCGGGCCCCCACCCCCAGCAGCAGCUUCUUCCCGGGGCCCUCGGAGGCCCCCGAGGGGCCCUUCGUGGGGGCCGACGCGGAGGGCUUUUCGGAGGCGAGCGGGCUGCGCGGCGGGGUGGCCUCGGAGAGAGUGCUGCUGCUGCCCGCAGCAGCUUGAAAAAGGCCCGCAGUUCCGUGAAAGAUGGAGUCAAGUCUGCUUCUGCGCAAGUGCUGCAUGCAGGCGAGCGCGCGCUGGACUGGGCCAUGUGGCUGAGCGCGGGGUGUGGGGCGGUGGCGCUGCUGCUGCUGUGUCUGUCGCUGGGGCUGCGCAGCUGGCGGCAGCAGCAGCUGCAGCACGAGGGCAGCAGCGGCAGCAACUUCUGCGUCGACUUGGGACUUUAUUCUCUCCAGAGAAUCCAAACUCUCCACAGACCCCACAACGCUGGGAUCGUCGUCAUGUACGAUCCCCCGCUGCUCUACGACGACGCCCUCACCUCCGCCUACUGCCUCCCGGACCCCAAGCAGCAGCAGCAGCAGCAGCAGCAGCAGCAGCAGCAGGGGGAGCGGGAGCUGUCUGGCCAGGCGCAGCCAGACCCGCAGCAGCAGCAGCAGCAGCAGCAGCAGCAGCGGGGUGAGGCGCAGCAGGACCCCGGGGAGGGCGGAGAGGCGGCGCGAGCUGCAGCAGCAGAAGAGCCGGAGCCCGCGCUGCCCCCUGCAGCAGCAGCAGCAGCAGCAGCAGCAAGCGACAGAGCCUCUUUCCUCUCGCGGCGGCUGCAGACGCCCGCAGGAGACGGCGCAGCAGCCGAGCAGCAGCAGCGGGAGGACCUGCUGGGGCCCACCAUCUUCGACAUUCAUUGCAAAGACAUUUCCAACUUUAAAAGAAGUGGGGCCCUCUUCAGAAGAGUGGCAGUGGCCUAUUUGCAACUGCCCAUCAACCUCGUGGGCACUGCUGCGUGGCUGGUGGCCCUCGUGCUGCAGCUGAGUGGACUUGCUGCUUGGGGAGUGGGGACUGAUGUUGCUGCUUGUGUCACUAGUGAAGGUGGUGCUGCUGUUUGCAGACUUGGUGCUGCAGCAGCAGCAGCAAUUGCUUCGCUGGUGCUCACGCUGCUUGCUGCUCUCGCCUACUGCCUCUUCUUCACCCACAAGCUCAUCCGCGACCUCGGCCUCGACAAGCAGCAGCAGCAGCAGCAGCAGCAGCAGCAGCUGCAGCAGCAGCAGCAGCAGCAGCUCAGCGCGGAAGAGCCGCAGCCCUCCCAAACGCCACUGCCCGCGGGGCCCCCAGGGGGCCCCCAGACCCUUUCAGUACCCACUCAGGGGGGGGCCCACAUGGGGGCCCCCAGCAAGGGCUCCCCAGCCAGCCUCGCGGGGGGCCCCCCCGAGGGCUCCCUCGCGGGCUUCUCGGGGGGCCCCCUGGGGGCCCCCCUGAGGGGCCCCCACCCUCCUGCUGUUGGGGAAAGUGAAACCCCUCUGCGCUCCGUCACCGAAGGCUCCCACGUAGCGAAGCAAGGCUGA